UGGUCAGUACAAAAACAAACCUAUACCAAAACCAAAACAGAUGUAGAUAUAGAUACUGCUUGCUUUGCUUUGCUUUAAUCCUCAAUUAUUAUUCCAAACCCCACAUGUCUUUUCGCCUCUAUAUAUGCACACACUAACCCAAAACCACCCGGCUCAGUUGAACCCUCCACCUUUCCCUAAAACCCCUAAAUAAACCACCAAAGCUCUCACCCAUGUUAGCUUCCUCAGCGCUGCCAAUAGUCCUAGUGGCGAUGCUACACUUAACUCUAAGUAGCGCCGCCACUGCCUCCUACCCCGACUUUCAACUCUUGAACGUCAAACAAACUCUCAUUGGGACAAAAAUACCCAGACCUCUCCAAACAUCUGAACAUCACCAAGUUUCCGAUGUUAGUGAAACUCAAGGGAAAUGGAAGCUGAAACUUGUCCAUAGGGACAAGUUAUCUUCCAACACUAGUGCUACUUUUCGCGACCAUAGCCGCCGUUUUCAUGCACGCAUGCAAAGGGACGUGAAAAGGGUUGCAAGUCUCCUACGACGCCUCUCCGGCGGCGGAGGCCAUGACGGAGGUGCUGCUUAUGAGGUGAACGAUUUUGGGUCAGACGUCGUUUCAGGGAUGGACCAAGGAAGUGGGGAGUAUUUUGUGAGAAUAGGCGUUGGUAGCCCACCAAAAAGUCAAUACAUGGUCAUUGAUUCGGGCAGUGAUAUUGUUUGGGUCCAGUGUCAGCCUUGUAACCAAUGUUAUAGGCAAUCCGACCCGGUUUUUGAUCCGGCUGAUUCUGCGUCUUACGCUGGCAUCUCUUGUAGUUCCGCCGUUUGUGACCGGAUUGAGAAUUCGGGUUGCAAUGCGGGUCGAUGCCGAUACGAGGUUUUGUACGGUGAUGGGUCUUACACAAAAGGGACACUGGCGCUUGAAACACUCACUUUCGGUCGAACCGUGGUUAAAAAUGUGGCUAUUGGGUGCGGCCACAUUAACCGGGGCAUGUUCAUUGGGGCAGCCGGGUUACUGGGUCUUGGAGGUGGAUCCUUAUCGCUAGUGGGUCAAUUGGGUGGUCAAACAGGGGGUGCUUUUAGUUACUGUUUAGUCAGUCGGGGCUCCGAUGCAUCCGGAUCACUAGAAUUCGGUCGUGGAGCAAUGCCAGUAGGUGCUGCAUGGGUCCCUUUGCUACGUAACCCACAGGCACCGAGCUUUUAUUAUGUAGGGCUCUCGGGUUUGGGAGUAGGUGGCAUCCGGGUUCCUGUAUCUGAAGACAUUUUUCAGCUUACCGAAUUGGGGUAUGGAGGGGUUGUUAUGGACACCGGCACCGCCGUGUCAAGGUUUCCGACCUUGGCUUACAAAGCCUUGCGUGAUGCUUUUAUCGCACAAACAGCUAACUUACCUCGAAUCUCCACAGUAUCCAUAUUCGAUACAUGUUAUAAAUUGUCGGAUUUUGUAACGAUUCGGGUUCCAACGGUGUCGUUCUAUUUUUCAGGCGGACCCAUCCUGACCUUACCGGCAAGUAACUUUCUUAUACCAGUUGAUGAUGUGGGUACUUUCUGCCUUGCAUUUGCUUCCUCCACAUCCGGACUUUCAAUAAUAGGGAACAUCCAGCAAGAGGGGAUCCAAAUUUCCUUUGAUGGAGCCAACGGAUUCGUUGGCUUUGGCCCCAAUGUUUGCUAAGCUGAUGGUGUGAAGAAAUAGUGAAUUUUGGUGGGUAUUAUCCCUAGUUAAAUUAUAUAUUAUUAAUACAUAAGAGUCUGAUGUAUUAAUAAUGUCAUGUGCUGCUUGUAUCAUACUAUAAUCUAUGGUUUUCUUUAAA